CGGAGCUCUGGUGUCCCUGACGCGCAAGGGUCGCCUCGCUCUCUCGUCCGUCUUCGGCCGCGGGACCCGGGAGGCUCAGCGGAGGCGGAACCAUGGGCCCGCGCCGCAAGCCCAGGACCCCGACGAGACGCCCCGCCAGCCCGGUCCCCGGACCCUCGCGGCCAUCCACGAGCCCGCGCCGCCAGCCGAGGACCCCGGGGAGGCGGCCCUCCAGCCCGACCCCCGAGCCCUCGCGGCGGAGCUCCCAACUAGGCACUUCCGGUCUACGCAGGAGGCGGAAACUUCUGUGGUUUAGGGAAGUUCGGAGACUGCAGAAGAGCACUGACCUCCUGUUGAGGAAGCAGCCUUUCAGCCGGGUUGUAAGAGAGAUAUGUGAGAAAUUCACUCGCGGUUUGGACUUAUAUUGGCAAGCCCAGGCCUUGUUGGCCCUUCAAGAGGCAGCAGAAGCGUUUCUAGUUCACCUCUUUGAGGACGCCUACCUCCUCGCCUUACAUGCCGGCCGGGUCACUCUUUUCCCCAAGGACGUGCAGCUGACCAGGAGGAUCCGGGGCAUUGAGGCAGGACUCGGCUGAGCGAGCCUCGUGGUGUGUGUCCAGACAACACCUGGGACCUGGAGCCACAGCUGACCCAGGGGUGCCUGAGGAGUUGCCCGGACUUGGCUGGUUUGAACAGCGUGUCCACAUUGCUCUUUAAACUUUCUUUCUAAAAGACAAGACUGUGUGGCUUUUCUCCGUGACAGAGGAAAAAAGACCAUCGGCAGCACACGCCCAUGGACAUGAGUGUUUGCAGACCGAAGGUCGGCUUUGGCUUGUGAACUGCUCGACCGUGUGACCGUUAGAGGGUUUCAGACACAGAAGAUCGACCGUGUUGGGAGGGGGUAGUGUUAUUUUAGUCUUUCUGUACUCUGUAUCUUUUAUCAGUUGUGUAUUUGUGCUUUUAUUUAAAAUAUAAGGGAGAAAAAUCUGGGUAAAAUGUUUGAAUCUGUUGUAUGGAAAGCCCUGGAAGUCCCGCCGUAGAAAUGUCUGCCUUCCAGAGUGACCUCAUCACCAGUGCCUGUCAGCAAACAUGCAGCUUUUCAAAACUUAGAAUUGAAUACAGAUCUCUUCUUCCUUCCUGUCAGUGCUCGGACUGCACUGUUGAGCUCCAUCCACAGCCUGAACUAUACAGUCUGUCCGGUUCCCACCAGUAGAUUCCUAUCAAAACCAUUCAGAAUUGGACAUUUUAUUCUUAGCUGUAAAUCAUAUAAAAUGUAUCAUAUCAGUCUGGGGUUUUAAAAUGUGUUUUUUGGUAUUUUUACAGAGACUUCUUUUUAGCUUAUUUGGGGAGAAAGAAUUUUUUAAAAUCCCUUAAUGAGAAAAUUGAAAUAAAGUUACUGUUAUAGUUA